AUGGCGAAGAGGCAGGACAGCCCUGGUCCGGAGGUCCAGCCCAUGGACAAGCAGUUCCUGGUGUGCAGCAUCUGCCUGGAUCGGUACCGGUGCCCCAAGGUCCUGCCUUGCCUGCAUACCUUCUGUGAGAGAUGCCUCCAGAACUAUAUCCCUGCCCAGAGCCUGACGCUGUCCUGUCCAGUGUGCCGGCAGACGUCCAUCCUCCCUGAGCAGGGCGUCUCCGCGCUGCAGAACAACUUCUUCAUCAGCAGCCUCAUGGAGGCCAUGCAGCAGGCACCCGACGGGGCCCACGAUCCGGAGGACCCCCACCCCCUCAGUGCAGUGGCUGGCCGCCCCCUCUCCUGCCCCAACCAUGAAGGCAAGACGAUGGAGUUUUACUGUGAGGCCUGUGAGACGGCCAUGUGCGGCGAGUGCCGCGCAGGGGAGCACCGGGAGCACGGCACGGUGCUGCUGCGGGACGUGGUGGAGCAGCACAAGGCUGCCCUGCAGCGCCAGCUGGAGGCGGUGCGCGGCCGGCUGCCACAGCUGUCCGCGGCGAUCGCCUUGGUGGGGGGCAUCAGCCAGCAGCUGCAGGAACGCAAGGCAGAGGCCCUGGCGCAGAUCAGCGCUGCCUUCGAGGACUUGGAGCAAGCGCUGCAGCAGCGCAAGCAGGCGCUGGUCAAUGACCUGGAGGCCAUCUGUGGGGCGAAGCAGAAGGUGCUGCAGACCCAGCUGGACACACUGCGCCAGGGCCAGGAACACAUCGGCAGCAGCUGCAGCUUCGCGGAGCAGGCCCUGCGCCUGGGCUCGGCCCCGGAGGUGUUGCUGGUCCGCAAGCACAUGCGCGAGCGCCUGGCGGCCUUGGCGGCGCAGGCCUUCCCGGAGCGGCCGCACGAGAACGCGCAGCUGGAACUGGUCCUGGAGGUGGACGGGCUGCGGCGAUCGGUGCUCAACCUGGGCGCGCUGCUCACCACGAGCGCCACAGCGCACGAGACGGUGGCCACGGGCGAGGGCCUGCGCCAGGCGCUGGUGGGCCAGGCGGCCUCGCUCACCGUCACGACCAAAGACAAGGACGGGCGGCUGGUGCGCACCGGCAGCGCCGAGCUGCGGGCGGAGCUCACGGCGCCGGAUGGCACGCGCCUGCCCGUGCCCGUGGUGGACCACAAGAACGGCACGUACGAGCUGGUGUACACGGCGCGCGCCGAGGGCGAGCUGCUGCUCUCCGUGCUGCUCUACGGCCAGCCGGUGCGCGGCAGCCCCUUCCGCGUGCGCGCCCUGCGGCCCGGGGACCUGCCGCCUUCGCCCGACGACGUCAAGCGCCGCGUCAAGUCCCCCGGUGGCCCCGGCAGCCACGUGCGCCAGAAAGCGGUGCGGAGGCCCAGCUCCAUGUACAGCACCAGCGGCAAACGGAAGGACAACCCCAUCGAGGACGAGCUCGUGUUCCGAGUCGGCAGUCGUGGAAGGGAGAAAGGCGAAUUCACCAAUUUACAGGGAGUGUCCGCAGCUAGCAGUGGCCGCAUAGUGGUAGCAGACAGCAACAACCAGUGUAUUCAGGUUUUCUCCAAUGAAGGCCAGUUCAAGUUCCGUUUUGGGGUCCGAGGGCGCUCGCCUGGACAGCUGCAACGCCCCACAGGUGUGGCCGUGGACACCAAUGGAGACAUUAUCGUUGCAGACUAUGACAACCGUUGGGUCAGCAUCUUCUCCCCUGAGGGCAAGUUCAAGACCAAGAUUGGAGCUGGCCGCCUCAUGGGCCCCAAAGGGGUGGCUGUAGACCGUAACGGACAUAUCAUUGUGGUCGACAACAAGUCUUGCUGUGUCUUCACCUUCCAACCCAAUGGAAAGCUGGUUGGCCGUUUUGGGGGCCGUGGAGCCACUGACCGCCACUUCGCAGGGCCCCAUUUUGUGGCUGUGAACAACAAGAAUGAGAUUGUAGUGACGGAUUUCCAUAACCAUUCAGUGAAGGUGUACAGUGCCGACGGAGAGUUCCUCUUCAAGUUCGGCUCCCACGGUGAGGGCAACGGGCAGUUCAAUGCUCCCACGGGAGUGGCUGUGGACUCCAACGGGAACAUCAUCGUGGCUGACUGGGGCAACAGCCGCAUCCAGGUAUUCGACAGCUCUGGCUCCUUCCUGUCCUACAUCAACACGUCUGCAGAGCCACUGUACGGCCCGCAGGGCCUGGCACUGACCUCGGACGGCCACGUAGUGGUGGCCGAUGCCGGCAACCACUGCUUCAAGGCCUAUCGCUACCUCCAGUAG